AUGACUUACAAACUAACAUACUUCAACUUCACUGCUUUGGGCGAACCCAUCCGAUUCCUGCUAUCUUAUUUGAACAUUGAUUUUGAAGAUGAUCGUAUCGAAGUCGAACAAUGGCCAUCAGUCAAACACACCAUCCCAUACGGUAAGGUCCCGUUGUUGGAAAUCGAUGGUAAAGUAUUGAAUCAAUCUACGGCCAUCUGUCGCUAUUUAGCUAAAAAGGCUAAUCUAGCUGGUAGAGAUGAUUGGGAAUCUUUAUUGAUAGAUAUUGCCGUUGAUAAUUUUCAAGAUUUUCGUCUAAGUAUAAUAUCGUAUUGGUAUGAACGAAAUGAAGAAUCUAAAGCUGCAAAAUAUGCAACGUUGGUCAACGAAACUAUUCCAUAUAAUAUGGAACGAUUUGAAAACAUUGUUGUUGAAAAUAAUGGAUACUUUGUAAACGGAAAUUUAUCUUGGGCCGAUUUAUUCUUUGUUGGAAUUUUGGACUACUUAAAAUUCAGAUCUGAAAUAGAUUUGUUGAAAGAUCGUCCUAACUUACAAGCUCUCCGAGAAAAGGUAUUGGCAGUACCCAAAAUCAAAUCAUGGAUUGAAAAACGACCAUCAACUGUUGACAUUGCAUAA